AUGGGGAACUGCUUGUUCGGUGGCCUGGGAGAAGCGGACGGAGUGAUCAAAGUCAUAACUUCAAACAGCGGCGUAAUGGAGUUUUCAGCUCCCAUAAUAGCCGGAACCAUCACCGAUGAAUUCCCCGGCCACGCCAUUUUCCGGACCCAAGAUCUCUUCUGGAAACCACUUUUCCACCAGGACGAACUCCUCCCCGGCGAAUCCUACUAUCUACUUCCGCUCAACAGCGGCCAGAUUGUGCGACAAGGCCAUGUGAGGCACAACAACAACAACAAGAGUGGGUUUUGGAAAGUGAAGUUAGUGAUCACACCGGAACAGCUGUUGGAGAUUUUGUCACAAGAAGGUUGUACUCAAGAACUGAUCGAGAGCGUUAGGGCUGUGGCCAAGUGUGGGAAUAGGUUCGUCGAGGGAUCUGUUGGGUUUUCGGAUCAAUGGAGUCUGUCCAGCAGUAGGAAUGCUUCUUCAACCAAAGAUGGCUUCUUGUUAGACAUCUAG